AUGCUUACCUGUUAUCAACCAAUUCUUAAAAUUAUCAAUCAGCUGAUUUCAGCUGAUAUCGGCCAACUCGAAAAGUUCGCCAUGUUGCGUCGCAAAGCCGAUGCCAUUCGAGAAUAUGCGUUGAAGAGGCUGCCAGAAGGGAGGAGUCCUUUAAAGGACCUGAGGCCAAUUUCUACCUUCUCUUUCUCACUCUUUACUAAACCUUUAUCUGGGAAUGCAGCAGAGCAGUUCAGAACGACCUGUAUGGAACGACACCCUACGAGGCAUCCUCGUGGCCUUGGUAAAGGAUCGAAGACCGCUUUGGGAUGCUCGCUUCCGGCCCACAAAGGAGAGGUCCAUACAACUUUUUCGAGAGAUCGCCGGGGUCCUGUCAAAUCAAGACAGUCGUAUGAAUGGUGA